UACCCGGCAGCCCAUCCCGCCGCUUUAGCAGAGUCGCAUAGCAGCGAGCCUGAGAGGAGCGCGCCGCCUGCCCAGUCCCUGUGCCAGGUCCUGUGUCCCCGAUCCGCCGCUAUGGCCAACGAGGAGCUAACGCGCAAGCUGCAGGGGCGAAUGCAACCGGAGGAAGCGGAGGGCCGCCCGGAGUUCGCGCCCUGCGCGGUCCCAGCCCCGGAGCCGGAGCAGCCGGUCCGGUCGCCCACCGCCAGUGCCGACGCCGAGCUGAGCGCGCAGCUGAGCCGACGGCUGGACAUCAACGAGGGCGCAGCGCGGCCGCGGCGCUGCAAAGUCUUCAACCCCUUCACGGAGUUCCCAGAGUUCAGCCGCCGCCUCAUCAAGGACCUGGAGAGCAUGUUCAAACGGUACGACGCCGGACGGGACGGCUUCAUCGACCUGAUGGAGCUGAAGCUGAUGAUGGAGAAGCUGGGGGCGCCGCAGACCCACCUGGGCCUGAAGAGCAUGAUCAAAGAGGUGGACGAGGACUUUGAUGGCAAGCUCAGCUUCCGUGAGUUCCUGCUCAUAUUCCGCAAGGCCGCGGCAGGGGAAUUGCAGGACGAGAGUGGGCUGAUGGCUUUGGCACAGCUGUCCGAGAUCGACGUUGCCCUGGAGGGCGUCAAAGGUGCCAAGGACUUCUUUGAAGCCAAGGUCCAAGCCUUGGCCGCUGCCAGUAAGUUUGAAGCCGAGCUGAGAGCUGAGCAGGAGGAGCGGAAGCGGGAGGAGGAGAAGAGGAGGCUCCGCAGGGCAGCCUUCCGGGAGCUCAAGGCAGCUUUCAGCACAUAGUUGGUUGACCUUGACCUAUAUCCACAGCUGUGCCUCACAGAUGCCCCAGGGAGAGCUGGCCGGGCAUCCUCACCCCUUCUGACCCCUCACCCCAACCAGCCUCCACACCCACUGUCCAAUGCAAACUCCUUAUCCUCAGAGGGGUGGCAGGGGACGCCUCUCAUCCCUGGGUGGGGGCCCCUCCUAGAGCGUCCUGGGAAAGGCCAGCUGCCCCCCCUUGCCUCUCUCCUGCCCACCUUCUUCUGCCCUUCUCUGUAGCCACAACGUGCCUUUACUUGGCAACCUGUACCUUUUUCUUGUCCCUGUACCCUUCCACAUCAAAGAGUGGGAAUUAAUUUGUUGAGAUACUUCUUUCUUUGGUGAUCCUCAGUGGAGAUAGUCCGUGGGGGGCCGUGAUGUUAACAUUGCCCAUUUUCUUGGGUAAUUCUCUGCACGGAUCCCCGUCGUGUUCCCCUACCCUUUGUUUCCCAUGCAGUUACCCUGUUGUCAUCCUUAGCCUGAUUCUGCCAGUUGCUUUUGCACCUUCCUCUGUCCUUUGAUGCUGGUAAGGUUUAAGGCGGGCCAGGCUGACCACUGCCAGCCCCCUCUCCAACAGAGGGCGUGACAUGCCUCUGAGAUGACCGAACAAUGAAGAGAUGAGACGUUCUGUUCUUUUCAUCGCCUUUCCCAUGCCCUCUAGCAUCCCCGCUAGAUCCACUCGGCACCUUUCCUUUCCUCCAUUCGGGCCUCUCCCUUUUAGCCUUUUUCCCUACUCUUAAGUACCGUGCUACUUAACUGUAAUAAUGAAAGAGUAAUUCAAGGUAACGUUGAGUAGAAGAAUUCCUGUUAACGCUGACUCUACGCAAGUUACAUUACAGUAGACGCCUGACAUUCCCAAGCGACAAAUCUAGAGCCUUUCAAAAUCCCAAAACUCAUGACCAUCCUCAUCCUGCAGUCAAUUCCAACAUCUGCCCCAAGGAGGUGAAGCUGUUCUUACCCCCAGCACAAUGUUUAUGUGUUGUGGGUUCAUGGGGUUGCUCACAUACCAGGGUUGUGUUUUUAAAAAUAAUCCCUGACAUCAUAUUUAUUCUCUUUUGUAACUGCUGUCUUUACAAUAAAGAAAACAU